UGUGCUUGAGCGUUUUCACAAUUCGAAAGCUUCGGUUACCGGUGCUGGGAAGAGGUGACGAGACUGAGAAGGUACCCGCUGCACAGAGGCGGGUCUGAGGCUCGGCGACGCCACCUGGGGGCCCUGCACCAGACCCGGGAGAGUGACCGCCGUGCCAGCGUCUCGUUUCCUCUCCCGCAGCUCCGGUCCCGCUCCGCCCACAGAGUCCGAUGGCGGCGGCAGCGCCGAGGGACCCGCGUCAGGUUGGUGUGACCUUUGAAGACAUUGCUGUGUACUUCUCCUGGGAGGAAUGGAGACUCCUUGAUGAGGCUCAGAUACGCCUGUACCUUGAUGUGAUGCUGGAGAACUACGCACUUAUAUCCUCAGUGGGUUGCUGCUGUGGAGCAGAGGAUGCAGAGGCACCUUUUGAACAGAUCGCUUCUCUGGGAAUGUCACAGGCUAGGACUCCCAAGGCAGCUUUGUGUUCCCAGAAGACGCACCCCUGUGAGAUGUGUGGUCCAGUCUUGAGAAAUGUUUUCCACUUGGCUGAGGAUCAGGAAAUACAACACAGCCAGAAACUGUUGAGGUGUGGGACAUGCGUGAAACUAUUUUAUUUUAGUGCAAACUUUAAACAGCACCAAAGGCAGCACAUGGGAGAGAAAACUCUCAGAAGCAGUGUGGAUGAGGCCUUGUUUGUGAAGAGCUGCAGGUUCCAUGUGUCACAGAAGCCAUUUACCUGUAGGGAGUUUGAAAAGGACUUCCUGACUAUUGUGGGACAUCUGCAGCAACAGGCCUCUUGUACUGUCGAGAAGCCAAACACAAUCACCCAGUGUGAGUCAACUUCACAAGGCAGGAGAGGUCAUCACACCUGGGGAGAAUGCAAGAAAGCCCUCAGCCUCAAACACACACUUGUUCAGGACCAGUGGGUCCACACUGGAAGACCUUGUUUUGUGUGCAGUGAGUGUGGGAAAACAUUCAGGUACAAAUCCUCAUUUGUUGUACACCAGAGAGUCCAUGCUGGAGAAAGGCUUCAUGUGUGUGGUGAAUUUGGAAAAUCCUUUAGGCAGAGCUCAACCCUCAGUCAACAUCAAAGCAUUCAUUCUGCAGCAAGGCAGUACAAGUGCAGCAAAUGUGGGAAAUCCUUACCCUACAAAUCUAUCCUCAUUUCUCCCCACACAUGGCACAAUGGAGAAAACAGUUACGUGUGCAGUGAAUGUUCGAAAUCUUUUACCUCUAGCUCAGCCCUCACUUAUCAUCAGAGAUCUCACACAGGAGAAAGGCCUUAUGAGUGUAGUGACUGUGGGAAAUCUUUUAUCUCUAGGCCUGCCCUCAGAUACCAUCAGAGAUCUCACACAGGAGAAAGGCCUUAUGAGUGCAGUGAAUGUGGGAAGUCUUUUACCACUAGCUCUAACCUUCAUUAUCAUCAAAGAGUUCACACUGGAGAAAGGCCUUAUGAGUGCAGUGAAUGUGGGAAAUCUUUUAACAAUAGGUGGGUUCUCAUUCAACACCAGAGAGUUCACACAGGAGAAAGGCCUUAUGAAUGUAGUGAGUGUGGGAAGUUGUUUAAAUAUGGAUCCCAAUUGAAUCAACACCAGAAAGCUCACACUGGUGAAAAGCCUUUUAAGUGCACUGAAUGUGGGAAAUCUUUUAACAAUAGGUGGACACUCAUUCAACACUGGAGAGUUCACACAGGAGAAAGGCCUUUCGAGUGCAGUGAAUGUGGGAAAUCCUUUAAUCGGAGAAAUAACCUCAUUUUACACCAGAGAAUUCAUACAGGAGAAAGGCCUUAUGUGUGCAAUGAAUGUGGGAAAUCUUUUACCUUCAGCUCCAGCCUUCGUUACCAUCAGAGAGCUCACACUGGAGAAAGACCUUAUGAGUGCAGUGAAUGUGGGAAAUCUUUUAUCUCUAGGUCUGACCUCCAUUAUCAUCAGAGAGUUCAUUCUGGAGAAAGACCUUACGAGUGUAGCGAAUGUGGGAAAUCCUUUAUCCAAAGAAAUAACCUCAUAAUACACCAGAGAAUUCACACGGGAGAAAGGCCUUAUGAGUGCAGUGAAUGUGGUAAAUCUUUUACCUGUAGUUCCACUCUCCAUUAUCAUCAGAGGGUUCACACUGGAGAAAGGCCUUAUGUGUGCAGUGCAUGUGGGAAGUCUUUUAUUACCACUUCCAAACUGCGUUGUCAUCAGAGAGGUCACAGUGGAGAAAGGCCUUAAGAGUGCAGUGAAUGUGGGAAACCUUUUACAGUAUGUCUUAUACAAACUAACAAGUUCUGUUCCGCGAGUGAGUUUGUAAGUCCAAUUUGUUCUUAAGUUCAACAGAGUUAGCCUAGGUACCCAACUAAUACAAUGGGCUAUAUAGUACUGUACUGUAAUAGGUUUAUAAUACUUUUCGCACAAAUAGUACAUAAAAAACAAACAAAAAAUAAAACGUUUUUAAUCAUACUUUACAGUACCUUGAAAAGUACAAUAGUACCAGCUCCAUCACCAUUGCUUUUUUUUUUUUAAAUCAAAAAAAGGAAACAAUUCAAUUUAAAGAAAGAAACCCAGAAAUUGUCUGAAAAAAGAGUGGGGCAAAUGAACUCCUGAAAAAGUUCUGCAUCUUGGUGAUCACAUUUAUUGGAAGGGUUGGAGAAAAUUAAACUGCCAUUUAGCAUAAGAAUUUGUGAGUUAUCUGAAAAUCAACUUAUUUCAAGAGUGGAAGAAUUCUUGGUUUUUUCUUAAUAUCAAACUGUACGCCAGUUUCUCUUUUGAAUAUCUUCUACAUUUAAAGAGGCAAUUAUACAAAAUCUCGUUUUCCACACAGGAUAAAUUCUUUGUUUCAGCUAACUCUCAAUGGCGGGGCAACUAGGACAACACCAUCUCCCCAGAAAAAGAGCAUUGGAAUAUUCCAUUUUGUUGAUUUCUUCAUAUGUUUGUUCAUCAAUUUCUAUAGUUGUCACAGUUUCUUCCACAUCUCCCAAUAUCAUAUUUUAAUGUAACCUCCCUCGAAGCUCUGUGUUGUUUCUCAUUUUCACUCAUCCAGGCUGAGCCUGAUGAGAUCCAGGAGCUCUUCUACAGUGUUCGUAGUUUGUUACUGGUCCACAUCGUCCAAAAUCUUUCACAUCACCUCUGCUUUUAUGCUUGUUUCUGGACAUCCUGGGCUUGAAAUAAAGAUACUGUACUACUCUAUACAGUACUGUACAGUAAGUACGCAAAAGCACCAGCACUUGUAGAGGAUACACACAUGUUAAAAUGUACACCAGACACAUGAACUAACUCAUGUGAUUGGACAUGAGAACGCAUGUUCGCAUUUUGAAAGCUCACUACUUGAAGGUUCGUAUGUAGGGGACUUACUGUAUAGGAAAAUGUAACCUCUUUCAAUACCAGAGAGUUCACACUGCGCAAUGGCAUAGAUGGGCAGGAAAUGUGCAGUUUCAGUGGUCAGUAUAAGGGCACUGGAGGAAACUAUCUGAGGAGCCAUCUGUCUGAAUUGACUCUCAUACAUCUGAGCAUGCACAGUGGGGAGAAUCCCCGGUUAUGUGGGAAGGCCAUUUUAUCUCUACCGGCCAGCAGGCCUACAAAGUGUGCAUCAGUCACCAACCCAGUUUGCUCAGGGAAGCUGACUCUGUCCCCCACUGUGUUAGCCAAGUUAGGAGUCACCUGAGCCCUAGGGGAUAUUUCCCUCCUCUUUGAUUACCUUGGGCAUGGACCUGACCUAAUGUUGUUCCAUAGAACAUCAUUUGAGUUUUCUGGCAGCAUUCAAACAAAGACUACAAUUUUCAGGGACAUGUUGGUGUCACAUGAUACUUGUGAUGUGUCUUUCCAGCUUGCAAGUCACACACUCUAGAACUCUUGGCCACAUAUUGCCUUGACUUGAAUAAUAACUAAGGCCUUUAAGUCCUCAUUAAUUUGGGGAGUUCUAUUCUGGUGUAGGGUAGUUUAUAAACUAGUACAAAUUUGUGCUCUACAGGCAUGAAUGGGAGAAGAAGUUUUUAUGGGUCUCAACGCUGUGCCUGAGGAGGGACAGCAAGAUGGCAGAAAACAACUUGACAAUUUUUACCAAAUUUGCAUUGCUGCAUAGAGCCUCCUAGGAAAGACUGCUGGGCUUUCUCUUCCUCAUUUGAGGCCUGUAUCCUAUGUUUUUUAUGAGUCUUGGAUGACUCUAAGAAGGGGGACAUGUGAGAAUCUUAACAGUGUUUCUGAGAGCCACAUGAUUUUUUUCUCUUACUCAAGGUGGAUAUCACAGGGUAUCCCAGCACUGUUGAGGGGAUAUUUUCCCCAGGUCUACAAAGAUCCACAUUCCCUGAUGGCCACAAGUCACUGGGCUAGUCUCACUGGUUAUAAGACUGUUGGUUCCAAGGGAAACCGUAAUAGGUACGGAAACUCUACUUUAGUAGGUAGUGGAGGAGUCUGCAGCCAGCUAGAUGAAAUGUUCCUCUUCUAAAAGUGUAGCCAGAAAUGUUUCUGUGACCAGAGGAUCUGUGUGUACACAAAUCUCGGGACCUCUAGGCACGCUUAUCUUGUGUAGCUGAGGACAUUGUCAGAAAUUAAUCAGGUUUUGUGGAUUGCUGUAGCCUCUCGGUGAUGUUCGCCUCAAGGCCCUUACUGCGCAGGGAAGAAAAAAGAGAAAAGGGGAUUCAUAUUCUGAGGAUGUGGCUCUCUUGACCGAUGCAGCACUCCUCUUGACUUGGGUGGAGAUGUUCAUUGCUCCCUAUAUUUGCUGCUACUGAGACAAGACUGGCCUUCCAGAGGGCAUGAAGAGAGAGAUGCUGGAGUCAAUACAGCAUUGCCCAACCUAUUUCCCAUAAAGAGUGGGACAUAGAUAUUUUUCUUCUUUUUUAUCUUGAGCUAAUUUUUAAAGCUUUAUAAAGAUAUAAUUUACAUGUACUCAACAGCUUAUAUUUAAAGUGUACAGUUUGAUAGGUUUUGACAUAGGUAUGAACCUCUGAAAACAUCAUCCUAUUCCCGAUAAUGACCAUAUCUGUCAUUUACUUCAUGUCUUUUUAUAAUCUCUUCUUACCUCCUUUCCAGCUUCUCCAGGUAACCAUUGGUUUACUUUCCCUUACAAUAGAUAACCUUUGCAUCUUCUUGUAUUUAUAUGCUUGGAAAAAUAAGCUGUUUAUUUUUUUCUGAUUUCCUUCAUGCUUUGUAAUUACUUUGAGAUAUGGGUAGCUCAUCUCUCUCUUUUUUUUUCCUGAGUAAUAUUCUUAUCCUUGGAUAUACCACUGUUGAUUUACUUAUCCAUCUCUU